GCGCUGUGGGCUGAGCGCGCCGCCGGCAGCAGUGCGCGGGAGCGGCCGGAGCGGGGCCGGGACUGAGAGGGGGGCCGCCACGUGCUACCCGCGCCAUGGAGCUGGAGGAGCUGGGCAUCCGGGAGGAGUGCGGCGUGUUCGGCUGCAUCGCCUCCGGCGCGUGGCCCACGGAGCUGGACGUGCCCCAUGUGCUCACGCUAGGGUUGGUGGGGCUGCAGCACAGGGGCCAGGAGAGUGCUGGAAUUGUGACAAGUGAUGGAGAGUCAUCCCAGGCAUUCAAAGUGCACAAGGGAAUGGGUCUUAUAAAUCAUGUCUUCAAUGCAGACAGCCUGAAAAAGCUGUACCCUUCAAACCUUGGUAUUGGGCACACAAGGUACUCCACCUCAGGAAUUUCUGAGCUGCAGAACUGCCAGCCUUUUGUCGUAGAGACUCUUCAUGGGAAGAUUGCUGUGGCACACAAUGGGGAGCUAACAAAUGCUGCACUGCUCAGGAGGAAGCUUAUGCGGCAUGGUGUAGGACUGUCGACCAGUUCUGACAGUGAACUGAUCACCCAGCUGCUGGCUUUCACACCUCCUCUAGAAAAUGACGACACAGCCGACUGGGUAGCAAGAAUAAAAAACUUAAUGAAGGAAACUCCAACUUCAUAUUCAUUGCUAAUUAUGCAUAAAGACAUAAUCUAUGCAGUACGUGAUCCAUAUGGGAAUCGCCCGCUCUGCAUUGGUCGCCUUAUUCCAGUAGGGGACAUGAAUGGAAAAGGAAAGGAUAACACUGAAACAGAAGGAUGGGUUGUCUCCUCUGAAUCCUGUAGCUUUCUGUCUAUAGGUGCAGAGUACUAUCGUGAGGUCCUUCCUGGAGAGAUUGUGAAAAUAUCCAGACAUGAUGUCCAGACACUGGAUGUUGUACGAAGACCUGAAGGAGAUCCAUCAGCAUUCUGCAUCUUUGAAUAUGUUUAUUUUGCAAGACCAGACAGUAUAUUUGAAGGUCAGAUGGUGUAUUCAGUCCGGAGAAGAUGUGGACAGCAGCUUGCUAUUGAAGCACCCGUGGAAGCAGACCUGGUCAGCACUGUUCCAGAGUCUGCAACCCCAGCAGCUCUUGGUUAUGCUCAGAAGUGUGGACUACCAUAUGUUGAAGUACUCUGUAAAAAUCGAUAUGUAGGGAGAACGUUUAUCCAGCCAAAUAUGAGGUUACGGCAGCUUGGUGUUGCGAAGAAGUUUGGUGUUCUGUCUGAUAAUUUUAAAGGAAAACGAGUUGUUAUCAUUGAUGAUUCAAUUGUGAGGGGCAAUACCAUUUCACCCAUAAUAAAACUACUGAGAGAAUCAGGAGCAAAAGAGGUGCAUAUCCGUGUGGCUUCACCUCCCAUAAGAUUUCCUUGUUACAUGGGAAUAAACAUUCCAACUAAAGAAGAACUCAUUGCCAACAGACCUGAAUUCCAUGAUCUUGCAAACUAUAUAGGAGCAGACAGUGUUGUCUAUCUUUCUGUGGAAGGGCUGGUAUCAUCUGUGCAAGAAAGCAUCAAAGAACGACAAGAGAAUAGCCCUAAAAGCCAGAAGUCAUUUAUUGGAAAGAUUGGUCAUUGCACAGCAUGUCUUACUGGAGAGUAUCCUGUAGAGCUAGAAUGGUGAAUUUUUAGUGGAUGGACAUAAUUUCAUCUGUUGUUGAAUGUACCUUUUUCAGUGAUGCCUUCUUGUUAAAUAGCCUCCUUGCAUUUAGGUAUUACAUAAACCUUAUUACAGCUAACUAAUUACUGUUACUAAAACACAUGUUUAAGUAAAGAUUUACAGAAAGUCUUAAUGUGCUGAUGAAAACAAUGUAAGCAGAGUAAAAUACAAAAUCAUGUAGUUUUGAUGCACAGUUGUGCCUUCCAUUUUCUCACAAAAUGCUAUAAAAACCAAAGUAUUUUUAAUUAUGUAGCAGUCCCAGAGUUUGUUGCCUCAGUCUUGCCCCGAAAGAUAUCCCUGUUAGACUUGUUCACAAAUCAUGAAUUUUGUGGUGUAAUUUCAAAUUAUCUUAAUGCAAAGGCAUCUGAAGUUUGCUUUUCUCCUUAGGAAAAAUACCAGAUUCUGAAGAAUCAAACUGCUUCCUCAGCAGUUCUUGCUUAGGCUUUUUAAGAAUGGAAGUACCUAACUUUUGCAUAUAUACCUAAACAGCCUUUGUAACAGAUUCUAUGCACAUAAUGUCUAACAUAUAAUUUUAAAAAAUGAAGACUCAGGGAAAUGCUCAGCCAAAAGCUCUCUAGUUUUGUAAUUCUAAAAUUCUUUUUUAGAAGUCCAGUGUAAUUAUAUUAUCUUUGUGUGCUUCUAUCAGUUGGCAAUACAACGUGGAAGGAGAAAAAAAAAUACUUGGUACUGCCUUUCUGUUUUACAUCUUGUGUUCUCCAGGAUAAGUCCUGACAAUUUCCUAAGUCUGAGCUAAUGCUCAGUGUGCUUUUCAUGUGUCAACGCCCAAAGCAAACUAAAAAAAAUAAACGUAACAGUAAAAAUUAAUUUUAACAGUAAAAACGAGAUAUAUCAAACAAAGACUGAGUUGUUGUAGGAGUAGUCCUAUUUUACUACAUUAGUGCUGUUAGAAUAAAUGUAAUGUUUGAAAAAAACAAGUGCUGUGAAGAACCAGUAGCUGUUACAUGCAUUGUAUUCAGUUGAUCACAAUUACACAGUUACUUGUAUACAGGAAGAUCACUUGGAUAAUGAACCACUAGCUGAAAAUGGAAAAGCACCUUUUGAAAACUAUUGCAAAUUUACGCACAAUUGUAAAAAUAUUUUGUAUACCUCAUUUUUUUCACUGAAUACCAGCAACUUAAUUUUAGAUUUUCUAUUUAAUAUUGUGUAUUUUGGCCUUAUAAUUGUUUGUGACGCUGUUAAAAAAAAUAAACAGAAAAGUUUAAGAACU